CUUUGUUUACUUAAAUGUUGGCCGGCCAGCUGGGUUCAUUUACCCCCGGAUCACUGAGAGUGAACCAUUCCAAAACACGCAAAUUAUCUGGGGACUGUUAAGCCAACAUGACCAGUGGGUGCUGUGUUUUUGUCCUAUUUUCCCUCUUCUAUGUCUCGCUGAGUGUGGAAAUGACAGGGUUGUAUGGCAGCUUCACAUCCCCCAACUUCCCCCAGCCAUACCCUGACAACCAGCACAUAGUGUGGAACAUCACUGUCCCAGAUGGCCACAGGGUCAAACUCUACUUCAGCCACUUUAGUAUGGAACCCUCAAACGAGUGUGAAUAUGACUACAUUCAGGUUUUGGCAGAGGGGAAUGAAACCUUGCGGUUCUGCGGUGAGGAAGAGAAGAACUCUGAAAGCACCCCGAGGAACACCGUCAUCCUGUCAGCCGGGAACCUCAUGUCAGUGGUCUUUAGGAGUGACUACUCUAACGAGGGCAGAUUCACCGGCUUCCAAGCAUUUUACACCUCAGAAGACAUCGAUGAGUGUCUGUCCAAGAUAGAUGGGGAGAGAGUGUGUGAUCAUUUUUGCCACAAUUACAUCGGUGGAUAUUACUGCACGUGCAGACAGGGAUACCUUCUCCAUGACAACAAAAGAUCCUGCACAGUGCCAUGCCACAGUCAGGUGUUGACCUCGCUGUCUGGGGUUCUGACCAGUCCGGGCUACCCGAGUCCCUACCCACCCAUGAGUCAGUGUGACCACACCAUCCGUCUGCCAGAGGGCUUCAGAAUAAUCCUAAACUUCCCGGAACCCUUUGAUGUAGAAGGACACCAAAAUGUCCCCUGUCCAUACGAUAUGUUGAAGAUUUCUACCGCUGGACAACAGUAUGGACCCUUCUGUGGAUCAAUGCCACCAGCUCGCAUUGACACAGGAAGUUACCAAGUACAUGUUGCAUUCAGAUCCGACGCUAGUGGGAAAAACAAGGGAUGGAUGAUAAAGUACACCAGUACCAAGGCUGAAUCCCUUACUUUAACUUAAGACGGAUUGCUUGUUGACUUGAACAUUGUAUGUGUAGUUAGGCUGUAUGCUAUCUCAAUAUUUUACACAGUGACUUUUACAUUGUGGCAACUUAACACAACCAUACUUCUUGCAAUAAAGCUUAGAUAUUGUGUUUGACCAUGAGGCUAGUAGAAGCAGUCUCUUUUUGAUUUCAAGUAAAUUCAUUCUAAUUAAACUGUCAUUGUUUCAUUUCUUUUUUCGGUUAGAUUCUAUUAUGACCUCAGCGGCACUGUCCUUUUUCAACCACUUUUGUUUUUGUUUUUAUUAUUUUGUGUAAAUAAAGAAUAACUCACAAGA